AGGAAGACUGCUUGUAUCUCUUCACUCCAGCUACAGAGGACUUCGGACUGACCAUGGCAUUCGGUGGUAUCCUGAGUGAUGCUGACAUCUCUGCUGCUCUGAAGAACUGCCAAGCUCCUGACUCCUUCAACUUCAAAACUUUCUUUACCCAGUCUGGCCUGAGCAGCAAGUCCGACAAUGAUGUGAGGAACGUCUUUGCCAUCAUUGACCAGGACAAGAGCGGCUUCAUUGAGGAAGAUGAACUGAAACUGUUCCUCCAGAACUUCAGCGCAGGUGCCAGGGCUUUAACCGAUGCUGAGACCAAGGCCUUCCUGAAUGCUGGUGACUCUGAUGGUGAUGGCAAAAUUGGAGUUGAUGAAUUCCAGUCUCUGGUGAAAAACUAAACUUUUUGUUAAAAUCUGAAUCUGUGAAACAUCACAAAAGAUGAAUGCGGGUUUUCUGCGUUAAUCUGAUCCAAGUGAAACCUGGUUUGGCGGAACACAGACGUCUCAUCAAUAUUUCUCCCCCUCAGAAAAGUGGUGUCAUCAUCUGGUGGCGGGAUUCAUUUAUUUAUUCACAAAAAAGCAGUUGUUUUUCUUCAACAUUUUGUGAACCCAGAAAUGGUUACCCUUGCCUACAGUUUAUCAAACAGCCCCUUAAUGAAACCAACAUAUUUAUUCUCAUUUUUAUACUAAUAACAUUGUCCAUUGUUUACACUGUUGAGACUUUUGCAAAUCCAUAAACGUGCAAUUCUUGCUACAGUUUCCUAUGGACUGAGGCAGGCAUAAAAAAAUUGUUCUUAAUAAAUCAAUUUUGGAAUCA